GCUCUGCGUCUGAAGGGAAGCUCGCCGUGCCAAAGCAGGCGGAGUCGGAAACGCGAAAGCCCAGCGCUCAUUAUACUCCCUCCCCCGCCGGAGGUGUAAACGAUCGUGGUGGAGCAGCUCAGGGAGCCGCCGUGAUCGACUGCCCCAGAAAAGCGCUGCGUUAACCGGACGGAGAAUCAGCCGCCAGUCGGUCGCCCGUUGUUCUUGCAUUGAAGCGCAUUCAGGGGGAGCAGGCGUGACAUUACACGAGCUCUUCUCUUUCUUCUUCUCGAACAGAGGACGAAUUCCCUCGGUCGCCCCAGGAAUAGGCUAUUUCCCUGGAUAUCUACCCCAGAAAUGGACGGUUUCGCCGGUAGUUUAGAUGACAGUAUUUCAGCAGCGAGCACGUCAGAUGUGCAGGAUCGCCUGUCGUCUCUUGAGCUGCGGGUGCAGCAGCAGGAAGAUGAGCUGACGGUGAUGAAGGCCGCGCUGGCAGAAGUGCUCAGACGUCUGGCUCAGUCGGAGGACUCAGCCGCCGCUGCCAAAAAACAGCAGAGCAGCAAAGGUCAGACCCCGCUGCGUGAGUCCUAUUCAAUGUCCUGUAUUGCCAAUGGCAGUUCCAGUGGCCGCAAAUCUCACAGAGAUACUUCCACAGUGUCUAUAGCCAAGAAAGAGACCUUCUCUUCUGCUGCUAAGAGUGGUGGCGAGCGUAAAAAAGACAAGCCUCCGAUGGAGGGGAUCAGGGAGAAAGAGGAGCCUCCACCAGCUAACGAUAAAACCCCCUCAGCACCCAGCACCCCUCAGGCACCGUCCCCUUCCAGCAACCCUCCCUCCCCUCAUCCCCCACAGCCUCAAAGACAGCUCUCGGAGAACAAGGGGUCAACCCCGGCCAAAAGCAGGGGUGGCAGUGGGAAGCGUGGAGGAAUUGAGCGUUCUCAAAGUAGCACAUGGGACAGCGGAGAGGAGAACAGGAAUAAGCUGGUGAAAGCAGCCUCCACCUCCAAACUGCUGUCCAAAGUGGUGAAGAAUGCAGAGAAACACAGAGAUCCAGUCAUCAGCCAAGCUAAAAUGUCAACCCGUGAAAAAAACAGUCAAGAGGGAGAAUAUAUUAAAAUGUUCAUGCGAGGACGACCCAUCACAAUGUUUAUCCCAUCGGACGUGGAGAAUUACGACGAUGUCCGAACCGAACUUCCCCCAGAGAGACUCAAACUGGAGUGGGUAUAUGGCUACAGGGGACGUGACUGCCGUGCAAAUGUGUACUUGCUUCCUACCGGGGAGAUUGUGUAUUUCAUCGCCUCGGUGGUUGUGCUCUUCAACUAUGAGGAGAGGACACAGAGGCACUAUUUAGGACACACUGACUGUGUCAAAUGUCUUGCUGUUCAUCCAGAUAAGAUCCGUAUCGCCACAGGACAGUUGGCAGGCGUGGAUAAAGAUGGCAGGCCGCUUCAGCCUCACGUCAGAGUUUGGGACUCGGUCAGUCUGUCCACGCUGCAGAUCAUCGGCCUCGGCACCUUUGAGAGAGGAGUCGGAUCCCUCGCUUUCUCUAAAGCCGACUCGGGCAUUCAUCUCAGUGUGAUUGAUGACUCUAAUGAGCACAUGCUCACUGUGUGGGACUGGCAGAAGAAAUCAAAAAUCGCUGAGCUUAAGACAACCAAUGAAGUGGUCUUAGCGGUGGAGUUUCACCCGACUGACGCCAACACCAUUGUCACUUGUGGGAAAUCCCAUAUCUUCUUCUGGACCUGGAGCGGUCCCUCACUCGCCCGCAAACAAGGCAUCUUUGGCAAAUACGAGAAGCCCAAAUUUGUGCAGUGUUUGGCCUUCCUUAAUAAUGGAGACAUCCUGACCGGAGACUCUGGAGGAAUCAUGCUGAUAUGGACCCGCAGCACCGCUGAACCAGCACCAGGGAAAGGGCCCAAAGGAGCGUUUCAGAUCACGCGUCAGAUCAAGGCUCACGACGGCAGCGUCUUCACUCUGUGUCAGAUGAGGAACGGCACUCUGCUCACAGGGGGCGGCAAAGACCACAAGAUCAUCCUGUGGGACCACGACCUCAAUCCAGAGAGAGACAUCGAGGUCCCAGAUCAGUAUGGCACUAUUCGUGCAGUAGCCGAGGGCAAGGGGGAGCAGUUUCUGGUGGGCACCUCACGCAACUUCAUUCUGAGAGGCACCUUCAAUGACGGAUUCCAGGUGGAAGUGCAGGGACACACGGAUGAGCUGUGGGGUCUGGCCGCCCACCCGUUCAAAGACCUGUUCCUCACCUGUGCUCAGGACAGACAGGUGUGUCUGUGGAGCUCAGUGGACCACACACUGGAGUGGACCAGACUGCUGGACGAGCACGGGCACUGCGCAGAUUUCCAUCCUAGCGGUUCGGUUGUUGCUAUUGGUACUCACUCAGGGAAGUGGUAUGCUCUGGACGCAGAGACCCGAGACCUGGUGGCCAUUCACACAGACGGCAAUGAGCAGCUGUCAUUACUGCGCUACUCUGUCGAUGGCACCCUGCUGGCAGUGGGAUCACAUGAUAACUUCAUUUACCUCUACACGGUGUCGGAUAAGGGACGCAAGUACAGCAGAUACGGGAAAUGCACUGGACAUUCCAGCUACAUUACACAUCUUGACUGGUCCCCCGACAACAAGUUCAUCAUGUCCAACUCAGGGGACUACGAAAUCCUUUACUGGGACAUUCCAAACGGUUGUAAGUUGAUUCCUAACCGUUCUGAGUGCAAGGACAUCGACUGGGCCACAUAUACCUGCGUGCUAGGAUUCCAAGUCUUUGGUGUUUGGCCGGAAGGUUCAGAUGGGACAGAUAUCAAUGCCCUUGUGCGUUCUCACAACAGGAAGGUGAUCGCUCUGGCUGAUGACUUCUGUAAAGUGCACCUUUUCCAGUACCCCUGCUCAAGACCGAAGGCCCCAAGCCACAAGUACAGCGCCCACAGCAGUCACGUGACAAACGUGAGCUUCAUGCACAGUGACAGUCACCUGAUUUCAACAGGCGGCAAGGACAUGAGCAUCAUGCAGUGGCGUCUGGUGGAGAAAACCUCACCCUUGGUGCACAGCGACUCCAGCCUGGGCCUGGGCGAUUCCCUGCUGCACAACUCCACACCUCGCACCCUGGCGUCGGUACCCAGUGUUCCCCACACACCUACUGAGCCCAUGCCGGUGCCAGCCUCGCUACCCAUCAGCACCCAACCCAACACUCCCCCUCCCACUCCCACCGAACCACUGCACACGGUUACUCCUAAUGGACAGCAGGACGGCUCCCCUGAAACCCCGCCCCCUUCGGAUGAGGCCACGCCCACAUCCGACAGCACCCUGAGCCCCAAGGACAGCCUAGAGCCUAGCGACGAUACAGCCACACCCAGUGAUGAGGGCACGACCUUUAACCCGCCCUUAUAAGGCAGUCCGCCCCUUCUCUCGCCUGCUUAAUAGCCCGCCCAAAGGCACCAGCAUGUCACUGGAGCCUCCCUGUCGGAUUACAAAAGCAGGGUCUCCUCGGUUUUUAUCCUUUCAAGAAUUUAUUUUCAUUUUGUGUCUUAGUUUGUUUGACAUUCAGUAGAUGUGGUUGUGGAGGCAUUGGUUUGGGUUGGAUGGUUGGAUUUUUGGAAUGUGUAGUUAAAAACCUUUGGAAAGAUUUAGCACACCUACAAGUUUACACUGACACACACACACACACACAGACACACUACCACACAAACACUAAUACACUCUUGCAUAGACACAUCAAUAACUGUGAUACAUAAAAAAAAAGAAAAGAAAACAAAUUAUUUACCAGUUUUAGAUACAAAGUGCACGUUCAUGUAAGCAGUUAAAUUGAAAAGUACAACAUAAAAUGGACACAUGGUUUCAAUUUAUUGGCGUUUGGCAUAUACAUCACUAACUAAGGAUGAAUUAAGUUAAAUUACCAAACUUCUCCUCACUUUCCUCACUUUCCUCACCCCAAUGAACUUUCGGUAUUUAUUUACUCAUCCUAUUCGUUCCAAACCUGUAUGACUGUCUUUCUUUUGUUUGACACAUAGAUGUUUCGUAAAUGUUUCAAGGAUCUUUCUAAGAUCUGUCGAAAAUCUUUCAAAGCUCUUUCUCGGAUCUUUCCAAGAUGUUUCGAGGAUCUUUCGAUCUUUUUUGUCCAUACAAUGGAAAUCAGUUGGGUCCAAAUCAACAUUGGACCACUUUGACUUUCAUUCUUCAAAAUAUCUUUUUAUCUUUUUUGCAAAAGGCAAGUCAUAUAGAUUUGGAGCAACAUGAAGUUGAGUAAAUGAUGUUCAUUUUUUGGGUAAACUAUCCCUUUUAAAUGAGUCAACCUCUCGCUCUCUGUGAAUAUUGGUGGAGGGCUGCAUGUAAAGCUGAUUUGCAUGCUUGCAUAGCAUCUGUCCCUGAGCCAAAACUGCAGCACGUAUAUACCUGGUAAUGCCAGGCAGGUGCUGCUAGCUCAUUGGUCUGACUCAAGGACCUCAAUAAUUCAAGCUGCUUCUGCCGGUCACCAUUGUCACGGACACCUUGAAUUUCAACUCGGCACAAUUAUCGCCACUUUACAGAAUAAUAGCCAUAAACAGCAAAGCACUUCAUUCAGCACAAACAAGAGUAACACACACUCACACACAAGCCUGACCUGUCUAAAAAUGGGGUCUGCAUGGUGAUAGCCAAGCUUUUUUAUAAAAAUCCACCUGUCUAAAGAUGCCGUAUGAGCCUCACAUCUCCCUCAGUUUCAUCUGUUGGACUGGAGAACCUCCUCUGUACUCAUACCAUCCAUUUUAACCUUGCAUCCAAAUGACUCUCUUCUCACUGAGACUGAAUUGAUUUUAGGUUUCAUUUUGGGACUGUUUUUCUUGUCAUUUUUGUUCAUUGGACUGAGAUGUUCUUGUUUUUUAUCAUAUGAGAGAAGCGAUAGAUUAAACGAGUCUUAAAUGUGCAUGCGUGAGUGUUUAUGUGCACACAGGUUGUCCCUUCUUUCAUUCCGCUGAAGGGUGAUCGCCCUCCCCCUCUCUCUCUCACAUGUCUCAGGAGCACUCUUUUUGGAGAGAGUCCAAAAGAGAAAGGUAGUCAAAGGAUGAAAUGUUUUUUUCCCACUCCUUUUUGUGAAACUUACAAAAACUGUACCAGAAUGUACCAAUAUUAUACCACGGUAUUAUUUGUACCAUAUAUGGCUAAUUUAGGUUUAAUUCAAUGCUUUUGCAUUCUCAUGAUAUGUAUUGCGUUCCUCUGAGAAAUGUAGCAAUUACUUGCAAAAGUAGUGCAUUCCCCUGAGAAAUGUUGCACUCAUUCACAAAACAAUUGCGUUUUCUCGCAAAACUGUUGUGUUCCCCUGAGAAACUCUGCAUUGUCUUGUGAGACAUUUGUAUUCUUCUGUAAAAGUAUUGUGUUCUCCCGAGAAAGUUUGCAUUCAUUCACAAAACAAUUGCGUUUUCUUCCAAAACUACUGCAUCCCCCUGAGAAACUUUGUGUUUGCUCUUAAAAAGCACUAACAUAUAGCUUUUCUUCCCAUCUUAUAUUAUUUCCAUCACAAAAGAUUUGUGAGAGAACACAAGAGAAUGCAAAAGCAUUGAAAUAUAAUUUGGUUUUACCAUAUGAUACCAUUGUACUGCCACAGUAGUUUUCUGUAAGAGGAUGCUCUCCCAAGCCUUUGUAUGUGUCCCUCAACAAUGCAUGAAGAUAUGGAUGAAAAAGAAGAUGAAACAGCAUUCGGAAGUGCCGAUAUCGAGUUGAAGCGAAUCUUUUCUCUGAAAUGAAUCAAUAUCAGAGAAACAAAAGAGCACAGCUGCUGAGAGAGAUUCCCUCCAGUUCUCCUUGAUGAAUGUGAACCUAAAUCAUCAAUAUUACACCAGAAAAAAAGAAAUACAGAUCUCAAACCAGCUUUGGAGGCAACCUCUAGAUGUUAAAGCAUUGCAGAGUAUUAAAACACAUUGUAUGUGCAGUCUCUGUGCACAAAGGCUUGAAAAAGCAUGGUUUACAUGCUCAGGUUUAAGGAUGUAAUGCUGUAUUGAUGCAUGGAAUUGAAAAGUCUGGUUCAAAUACACAUUUACAGCAACUUGGGUUUGAAUUUUUGAUUGUGAAAGAAUGACAAUCUCCUGUAAUGUGUAUAACACAAUACACAUCAGCUUUCAGAUGCUAAGUAUUUUACCCAACUGCCUCAAAUUCAUAUGUCUGAUCCAGUUGUUUUAGUUGAUUUUUAAGUGCAUAGAAUGGAUGUAGUAGUGGACUUUGUGGCUUUAGCAAUGUUUAGAUACUGUAGAUAGAUGGAAUGAUACCUGAUUGUUCUCGUGGUGUUGGUGUUUUUAUGCAAUGGUGCGCUGUAGAUGGUGAUAAGUUGAAUGCUUCUCAGCUGGUCUGCAGUUUCCUUUUUAUAACUUUUUAUGAAUGCUCUAUGGGCUUUUCCUGUUUUUAUUUUUUAAGCAAGCUAGAAGGUUUUCACUGAGAUUGCCUAGGUCAGGAUUUUAGUUAGAUUUUCUUGUCCUAUACAGUGGAAAUUUAAGCCACACUUAAAAAUGUAUGAAUGUCCUAGCAUUAGAUGUCAGUGUCAAGUUAAUGCAAGUAGGGUAUAUUGCAUAUAUUACAUAAGACAUUUUUAUAAGGCCAUUAUAUAGGCUCUCCUGAACAUCUGGCCUCUUAAAACUUCAGGACACCAUUGAUAUCAAAAGGGCAACUCUCAGAAGCUUUACACAAGUUGCAAACGAGGAUGUUGAUCUCUCACAGACCUUUAUUGUUGCAUUCAGGGCUGGCUUUAUUGUGUAUAUAUUGGUGUACCUGUAUGUAUAUAACUUUUGUGGGUUGGUAGGUUCUCUGAAAGGGCUAUGAUUCCAUGUUUGUCUUCAUCCACGAAAAAGCUGGGGGACUGUUCUUCUCCAGAUGCAGGUAUCGUGGCCUUGUGGCAUGAGUUCAGAUUUUAGGAUUUGUUGCACUGUGGCUGUGUUUUCUCCACCUGGGUAUUUCUCAGUUUGAAGACUCCAGUGUUUUUUCUAUAGACCUGUAACUUCCAAGAACAUACUUGUUUAUCUGAAACCUGUUAGCCGAAUGAAGCAUUGCUUACAGAACUGUUUCUUGAAUGUCACAGAUUAUUUGCCUUUGUAUUUUGAUAUUGAAAAGAAUGGUGAGUGUGUUGGUAGUAGUAAUGGUUAAUGGUUUGGGUAUUUUGAGAGUCUUCAAAAACACGAGUGAAAGUGUUCAGAAGCCAUUGAUAUAAAUGUAUUGGUGUUCAUCAUUGAGGAGACUGCUGUUUUGUGAUUUUUUUAUCCGCUAAUAUCUAAGAGCUAAUUUCCAAAGCACACACAGGGAGAGAAAGGGGGAAUGGAAAAGUCCGGAUGGUGAUUGUAUCUAUAUUUGGAGGAAAUGUUGGGCUUGAGAACAACUCUGGACUUCCAAAUGCUUUGCUGUUUUCAGGGCAUCUGACUACAGUAUAUCUUCAUCGAAUAAAGGUGCGGAGAUAAAGCUAAGCUUUUUUGAUAAACAGAAUGACAGUUAUUAAAACCACAGUGAUGAUCUAAAAAUGAUUCAAUGAUGUUAAAAAAAUCUGAAAAUUUUGCAAAGUUUUUUUUUUUUUUUUUUUUUUUUUUUGUGACAAAGUUUGAGCCAAUCUGUCUCUUAUGCAUUCCUGCCAAUGGGCAGAAAAUACUGAAGAAUUUAGAAAAUAAAGAAACAUUUUUAAAAACA